CAGGAAGACGGUCAGUUUUGCCGCGUAGCCGUCACUCCGAGAGGCUUUGUCCCGACAGAUAACGACUACAUUAGUUUUCCUCAGAGUUCAAAGUAUUUGUUUUGAUACUUAGUUUCUAUUGCUACGGCUGCGUUCUCCGAGUGGAUUGAGUAUGUCUGGCUUUGACGACCCCGGGGUUUACUACAGCGACAGUUUCGGAGGGGGAGAGGGUCACGGCCACGAUGAAGGCGGACACAAGCGCAUCCAGAUCAAGAAGCGGUUCCGAGAGUUCCUGCGCCAGUUCCGAGUGGGCACCGACCGGACCGGCUUCACCUACAAAUACAGAGAUGAGCUGAAGCGACAUUACACCCUGGGGGAGUACUGGGUGGAGGUGGAGAUGGAGGACCUCGGCAGCUUUGAUGAAGACUUGUCUGACUGUCUUUACAAGCUGCCCUCCGAGAACCUGCCAUUGCUGGAAGAAGCUGCAAAGGAGGUAGCCGAUGAGGUGACCCGUCCCCGGCCUGCGGGGGAGGAGACGGUGGAAGACAUCCAGGUCAUGCUGAAGAGCGAUGCUCAUCACGCUUCCAUUCGGAGUCUCAAGUCGGAGCAGGUGUCGCGGCUGGUGAAGGUGCACGGCAUCAUCAUCUCGGCCACGGCGGUGAAGGCCAAGGCCACUAAGGUGUGUCUGCGGUGCCGCGGCUGUAACGGGGUCAUCAACAACAUCCCUCUGCCCCCGGGCCUGCAGGGCUACGCUCUGCCGCGCAAAUGCAACAGUGAGAACGCUGGGCGGGUCAAGUGUCCCAUCGACCCGUACUUCAUCGUCCCCGACCGCUGCGUUUGCGUCGACUUCCAGACGCUGCGUCUGCAGGAGUCUCCGGACGGCGUCCCGCAUGGAGAGAUGCCCCGUCACCUGCAGCUCUACUGCGACAGAUACCUGUGCGACCGUGUGGUGCCGGGCAACAGGGUCACCAUCAUGGGUAUCUACUCUAUCAAAAAGAUGGCUGCUGUCAAGCCCAAAGGCAGGGAGAAGGGUGUUGGUGUGGGAAUUCGUGCCUCCUACCUCCGAGUGGUCGGCAUCCAGAUGGACACAGAAGGCGCCGGCCGUGGCGCUACUGGAUCCGUGUCCCCACAGGAGGAAGAAGAACUGAGAACUCUUGCUUCCUCGCCCAACGUGUACAACUCCCUGGCACACUCCCUGGCUCCCUCCAUCUACGGCAGCGAUGACCUGAAGAAGGCCAUCACCUGCCUGCUGUUUGGCGGUUCAAGAAAGAGGCUGCCGGAUGGGCUGACCCGCAGGGGCGACAUCAACCUGCUCAUGCUUGGAGAUCCCGGCACGGCCAAGUCUCAGCUGCUCAAGUUCGUGGAGAGAUGCUCGCCUAUCGGGGUUUACACCUCGGGUAAAGGGAGCAGUGCGGCGGGUCUGACCGCCUCGGUGCUGAGAGACCCCACCACCCGGGGAUUCAUCAUGGAGGGAGGAGCCAUGGUGCUGGCUGACGGGGGAGUCGUGUGCAUCGAUGAGUUUGACAAGAUGAGAGAGGAUGACAGAGUGGCGAUCCACGAGGCCAUGGAGCAGCAGACCAUCUCCAUCGCUAAGGCCGGCAUCACCACCACCCUGAACUCCCGCUGCUCCGUGCUGGCCGCCGCCAACUCCGUGUUCGGCCGCUGGGACGACACCAAAGGCGAGGACAACAUCGACUUCAUGCCCACCAUCCUGUCCCGUUUUGACAUGAUCUUCAUCAUCAAAGACCACCACGACCACCAGAGAGACAUGACUCUGGCUCGUCACGUGAUGAAUGUUCACCUGAGCGCUCAGACGCAGACGGAGGGCGUCGAGGGCGAGAUUCCACUGGCCACUUUUAAGAAAUACAUCGCUUAUGCCAGAACUAAAUGCGGCCCUCGCCUCUCGGCUGCAGCCGCAGAGAAGCUGAAGAACAGAUACGUGGUGAUGAGGAGUGGUGCGCGAGAGCAUGAGAGGGAGAGUGACAAGAGGCCGUCCAUCCCCAUCACCGUCAGGCAGCUGGAGGCCGUUGUUCGCAUCGCUGAAUCCCUGGCUAAGAUGAAGCUGCAGGCCGUGGCUGGAGAAGAGGAGGUGGACGAAGCGCUCAGACUCUUCCAGGUCUCCACGCUGGAUGCUGCGCUGUCUGGCAGCCUUUCAGGAGUUGAGGGCUUCACUUCUCAGGAAGACCAAGAGAUGGUCUCCCGAAUUGAAAAGCAGCUCAAGAGACGCUUUGCCAUCGGCUCCCAGGUGUCGGAGCACAGCAUCGUCCAGGACUUCACCAAACAGAAGUAUCCCGAGCAUGCCAUCUACAAAGUCCUGCACCUGAUGCUGAGGAGGGGGGAGAUGCAGCACCGCAUGCAGAGGAAGGUCCUGUACAGAGUCAAGUAGAGCCAGCAGCGCUUUAUACUUAACUCUUGUUGUAAAUAAUUGUGGUCUGUUGUUUCGUUAUAUUUACCGUUUAUCUCAGUUCUUUCUAUCCUGGCGGGAACUGAAACUUUGCAUGAAAGUGAGUCACUAUUGGUGGGAAGAUGCUUAAAUGUGUAAAGGUUUUCACUCUGUGUACAAAAAUGAAAAUAAAUAAAAGAUCCUUAAGA